AUGAAGAUUGCUAUCGAAGGCUGUUGCCAUGGCGAGCUGGACGCAAUCUAUAGUUCCCUGGCCCAAAUUGAGGAGGUCCACAAAAUAAAGGUUGAUCUUCUUAUUUGCUGCGGCGAUUUCCAGUGCGUCCGGGACUCGAAUGACCUUCAGUACCUCGCGUGCCCGCCCAAGUACCGCGAUCUGCGCGACUUCCCGGCGUACUUCCGCGGCGAGAAGGAGGCUCCGUGUCUGACGGUCUUCGUCGGCGGCAACCAUGAAGCCCCGAGUGUCCUACGCGAACUAUACUACGGCGGCUGGGUGGCGCCCAAAAUCUUCUACCUCGGCCACGCAGGCGUGAUCAACGUAGGAGGCGUGCGGAUUGCGGGGCUGUCGGGGAUUUACAAGCCCAAGGAUUUCCGGAAAGGCUACUUCGAAAAACCCCCGUACGAUGAAGAUACCAUGCGAAGUGCCUAUCAUGUUCGCGAAUUCGAAAUCGCCAAGCUCAGCGAGCUGUCGGGUCCCGUGGAUGUCGUGGCGACACACGACUGGCCGGAAGGCAUCUAUGAGUUCGGCGACAAAGCCGAACUUCUACGCUGCAAACCGUAUCUGGAGAAAGACAUCAGAGACCAUGAGCUCGGCAAUCCACACACGAUGGAGCUGCUGAAAAAGCUGAAACCGGCGUUUUGGUUCGCCGCGCACCUUCACGCCCGGUUCGCUGCGGUGUACGUCCACCCAGGACCAGAGGGCAAGGCGACGCGCUUCCUCGCUCUUGACAAAGUUCUGCCUCGUCGCGACUUUCUUCAAAUCCUGGACGUGGACCCGCGGCUGCCUGCCGGCUACGUGCAGGAACUGUCGCCUGAGCGCGUUCCCCGCCAUUCUCCCCCGGCAAUCUGCUACGACGAGGAGUGGUUAGCGAUUCUCCGAGCGAACCAGCGCGCGAUUCCUUUGGGCAGGGCGCUGCAGAAAUCGAGCGCCGCAAAAGGCCCGAGUCACGAGGACCUUGCGGCAGUGAAGAGAAACUUGGACGCUGCGGAUCUCCCGCGACGACGGCUCCCCCGCCGGCCUGCGCUUCGACUGGAAACGCACGCAGGCGACACCGCGACUGAAAGCGGUCUGGGAAAAAGCGGCCGGGGGGCUACAGCAGGCAGCGCGACAGCCGCCGCGCGAGGAGAGAGAUGCGGCGAGGAGCGCAGUCACGGGGCGCCGGGAAGGGAGGGCGGCGAGACAGAAACGGGCGCGCCGGAGUCGACGCGAAGCGGAGACACGGCCGGCGAGAGAAAGUCGGGUGGCGAGGACGCGCACGAGGAGUGGGGAUUCGAAUGGCCGAAUUGGGAAGACCCGCGGGCGCCGUACAGAGAUCUGAAGCGCCAGCGCCUGUUCUUGUUGAAGGUUCUCGGCUAUGGCGAAGUCGACGACAAGUUCGGCGAUGGACUCGAACCAGCGGUUGAGGACAUCGACAUCUCCGUCGACUGGAGCCCCGCGAAUCACGCACCCCCGAAAACGGAAGAAGUUGAUAUAUGUCUAGAUAUUUCAGACGAAGAGACGAGCUAA